UUUAAUAGCAAAAAACUCCAUUAAACAAUUUUAAACAGGAAAAGCAAUGCUCUUUAGAAGUUUUAGCUGUAUUCGUCUUUUUUCCCGGAAUUUUUUGGUUCAGAAUAGACUAAAUAUAAAUAAAACGUUAAUAAAUUCGUCAUCCACUCGAUUUUAUUCUCAAGCACGUCUAUCAAAACAAGAGAUUGAAUCAAGGAUUAUAGAUAUUGUUAAAGGUUUUGACAAAAUUACUGAUCCAUCAAAAAUUACUCCUACAUCAAGUUUUUCUGCUGAUCUUGGAUUGGAUAGUUUGGAUACUGUUGAAGUUGUCAUGGCGAUCGAAGAGGCUUUUAAUAUUGAAAUCCCUGAUAAAGAAGCUGAUGAAAUACGAACCAUUGGAGAAGCAAUAACUUAUAUUUCUAAUCAUCCUGAUGCUUGUUAAUUCUAUCAAAUCUUUAAUUUAUAACAACUACAAACUAUAAA